UUGGCAGGAAUGGGGCAGGGGAUAACUGGAGGGAGGGAUGAGGGGUUAGAGGGAGAGGGGAUGAGGAAUAAUGUGUGAUCAGAUCAUUAACAGGACUAGAGGAACCCCGCAAUGAUCUAGGCCCAGUACUAGGCAGGGAUGGUAAAAUGGACAGGGGUUCAAUAAAUAUUUCUGUCCUGUAUUUGUAAAGAAGCGGCAUGGCAUAUUCAUGUCUUACAAUAUUAAAGAAAUACUUUCUAUUUCAACAGUAACUGUGGAGGAUGAUAAACAGCAUCUGCUAAACUUAGAGCUCAUCUACUCUUGAAAUGCUACAGUGGCACAGCUGCUGCGCUUCAGUGUAGACACUCACUUUUGCAACAGGAGAGGUUCUUCCGUCACUAUAGUUAAUCCAUUUUCUCCAGGAGAUGGUUGCCAGGUCAAUGGAAGAAUCUUUCAAAUGACUUAGCACUGGUCUACUCCAGUGGUUAGGUCUGCUUAACUGCAUCACUCAGGGGUGUGGAUUUUUCACACCCCUGAGCGAUGUAGCUGGGUUGACUUAACUUUGUGUAGACCUGACCUUAAACUUUUUAAAUAUGUAAGAGUGGUGCCAUUUUUACACUACGAACUUUGAUUGACACAAGUGAUGUUAGCAUAAAACUGCCACAGUUAGUAUAGCACUUGUACUCAUGCAUACUUGGCUUCUUGUGUCAGUGCUGCACAUACUCACCAGGAGUGCUUGUGUCAAUGCACAGUGCAGUGCACCAUGGGUCGGUAUCCCAGUGUGCAACCUGACACCAUCCAGCACACUGUCUUUUGGAAAGUUUUGGCAAUGCAUUGUGGGGUAGAAAGGGGUUGUGCAGGGGUGACUGGGAGCAAGGGGUUAACCUCCCAGCAUGCAACUGUCUCCAUCCCAUAAUGUCACCUAUAUCCCAUACUUUUCAGACCUUUUUUAAAAAUCCCACAAACCCACGCAGCCAUUCUCACUAUCAGUCAUUUCUGACAGUUGCAUGGAGCUCUCCACUAUUGUCAUAAGCAUUACAAGCACAGGACACGCAUUCCUCCAGUAUUGGCAGAGCUGUAAGAAGAACUGAAAGAGCAGGGAACAUGAUGAGUUAUUGGAGGACAAAUUGCUGAGGGAUAUAGAAAGAAACAAUUCAAGGUUGUCAAUGGCAUUCACAGAGCAGCUUCUGUUGGUGGAGCACUGCAUCUGCAUGGGAUUGCAUCGUAAUACAGGCUUGAGAUGAGGAGCAUUGUCUGUAGAACUUCCAAAUGUACAAGGUCGCAUUUCUGGAUGUGUGUGCUGAGCGCGCCCCAGACCUCCAGUGCAGGGACACCAAAAUGAGAGUUGCACUGGCAGUAGAGAAGCUAGUGGCAAUUGCACUGUGGAACCUCGCAGAGCCGGAUUGCUACCAAUCAUUAGGAAGUCAUUUUGGAGAUGGAAAAUCCACUGUGGGAUCUGUUGUCAUGCAAGUGUGCAGGGCCAUUAAUCAUCUCUUGCUAUGCAGGACUGUGACACUCACCAAUGUGCAGGACAUAGUGGAUGGAUUUUCAGCAGUGAGGUUCCCAAACUGCGGUGGAGCAAUAGACAGCACAUACAUCCCUAUUUUGGUACCAAACCACCUUGCCACAGAGUAUAUCAACAGAAAGGGCUAUUUUUUUAUGGUUAUGCAAGCAUUGGUGGAUUGCUGGGGAUGCUUCACUGACAUCAAUUUUAGCCGGUCGUGGAAGGUCAAUGAUGCUUGCAUCUUUAAGAACGCAGGACUGUUCAGAAAGCUACAAAUAGAGACUUUCUUGCCCAACUGGCAAAUUAGCUAUGGUGAUGUUGAAUUGCCAAUAGUGAUCUUGGAGGACCCAGUCUACCCUUUGUCCCCGGCUCAUGAAGCUGUAAACCAGCCAUCUCAAUAGCACCAAGGAAAGAGUUGACUACCAGCUCAGGAGGUGCAGAAUGACAGUUGAAUGUGCUUUUGAUGGUUUGAAGGGACACUGACGUUGUUUACUCACAAGAAUGGAUCUCGGUUUAAAAAAAAUCCCAGUGGUUAUAGCUUCCUGCUGUGUCCUGCAUAUUUGUAAAGCAAAGGGAAAAAAGUUGCCACCAGGGUGGAUGGUUGAGGUAGAGCGGCUCACUGCUGAGUUUGAACAGCCAGACACAAGGGCUAUUAGAAAAGCUCAGCUCAGAUCUAUACGGCUCAGGGCGGCUUUGAAAGAGCUCUUUAAUGGCUGUUUGCAGUGUUCACCCUCCAGGCCCUGUGCUAACCGUCUGAUGCAGCACCAGCUUGCAGGAUCGCACUGAACAUGUCAUCCUGAGUCAUCCUCUUUUUUUCUCCUUAUCUGACUCCCCUUCCCAUAGGUGUGGAAAGGGAACCCCUUAAGGCCGCAACAGCAGCAGCUGCAGAAACUUCUCUUUUGGGGCAAAAGGAACUUGUUUAACACUAACUACAAUAAUUUAUCCAAGUUAAAAGGGACUGUUUGGGUACUAGCAGUUACACAACUGUUUUCUGGAAAAGUCUGAAUUUCAGAGUAGUGUCCCAACUGAUCCAGGUGUCUCUCAAAGGCCAGAAGAGCUCACAGGAUCUUGUCAAGAAAAAAAUGGAAGUUUCCAUCCCUUCUGCUUGCGGAGAGAAAUAUGAAACCCUGAGCUGAGCACAGAAAUGAGAAGAGCAUGGACAGGCUCAGAAAUGAGGAUCAAACUACUGCAGAACAGGGUCCUGUUGGGCAGGCAAAGUGUUUCCAGCACUUGUACUCCCUUGGGUUCAACCAUGAUUCACAGCCUCUUCCUGAUUAACUCCUCAGGGGAUAUUUUUCUGGAGAAGCACUGGAAAAGUGUUGUCAGCCGCUCUGUUUGUGACUACUUUUUUGAAGCACAGGAGAGGGCUACCGAGGCAGAAAAUGUACCUCCUGUGAUCCCCACACCUCAUCACUACCUCCUGAAUGUUUAUCGUCAUAAGAUUUUUUUUGUGGCAGUGAUUCAGACAGAAGUGCCACCCCUCUUUGUCAUUGAAUUCUUACAUCGGGUUGUGGACACUUUCCAGGAUUAUUUUGGUGUCUGCUCGGAAGUUGUAAUCAAGGACAAUGUGGUGGUGGUUUAUGAGGUGCUGGAGGAGAUGCUGGACAAUGGAUUCCCAUUGGCUACUGAGUCCAAUAUCCUGAAGGAGCUGAUAAAACCCCCCACCAUAUUGCGAACUGUUGUCAACACCAUUACAGGAAGCACCAAUGUAGGUGACCAGCUCCCUACUGGACAACUAUCAGUGGUGCCAUGGCGACGGACCGGUGUGAAAUACACCAAUAAUGAGGCAUAUUUUGAUGUAAUUGAGGAGAUAGAUGCAAUCAUUGACAAAUCAGGUUCCACAAUUACAGCUGAAAUCCAAGGGGUGAUUGAUGCUUGUGUUAAAUUGACUGGAAUGCCAGACCUCACCCUCUCUUUCAUGAACCCCCGGUUACUGGAUGAUGUCAGCUUCCAUCCAUGUGUCCGUUUCAAGCGCUGGGAAUCAGAGCGGAUCCUCUCUUUCAUCCCACCAGAUGGAAAUUUCCGAUUGCUCUCCUAUCAUGUCAGCGCUCAGAACUUGGUGGCAAUUCCUGUCUAUGUUAAACACAACAUCAGUUUCCGUGACAGCAGCUCAUUGGGACGCUUUGAGAUCACUGUGGGACCCAAGCAGACUAUGGGAAAGACUGUAGAGGGGGUGAUGGUCACCAGCCAGAUGCCAAAAGGGGUCUUGAACAUGAGCCUCACCCCCUCACAGGGAAUGCACACCUUUGAUCCAGUUACAAAGUUGCUCUCAUGGGAUGUAGGGAAAAUAAACCCCCAGAAGCUGCCGAAUCUGAAGGGGACUAUGAGCCUUCAAGCUGGCACAUCCAAACCCGAUGAGAAUCCCACCAUCAACCUUCAGUUUAAAAUUCAGCAGCUGGCUAUCUCUGGGCUGAAGGUGAAUCGCCUGGACAUGUAUGGGGAGAAGUACAAACCGUUCAAGGGCAUUAAAUACAUGACCAAGGCUGGCAAGUUCCAAGUCCGAACUUAGAGAGCCCAAGAGUGAGGCAAAAACCACAAGCACUUUCUUAUUUCCUAUGUACCCAGUUGUUGGAUUCAGCCUCUGCUCGCUAUCAACCCCUUGGGGCUGCUCCCUUGCCUUUUUCUAGUUCCUCCAGGGAUGCCAGUAUCCAGCAGAUUGGGAAUGGCAUAUACAGGGAAGAGCAGGACUGAUUUGAAACAAUCUCAACUUUAGCUGAGUCUCAAGUUCUCAGGUGGGGUCAAAGGAAAAUAAGAGAAAUGUUUCAGUCCCUUGGGGCUGCGGGUUCAGAUAUGUCAACUAAGUUCUUGCCAUCUUUAACCUGCUUGGCAAAGGACACUUUGGAGGCCUACUCCCCUUGUGAGCCCCCUUCCAGGCAUUGCUAGGUUGGCUAGCAUUUCUAUGCAGAUCGAACAAGGUUCAGUUAAAGAAGCUGGACUCAAAGUUUAAUGGUUUAGAAUUUGCUCCUCUCCCUAACUGGUGAUUCUUGUUAGAACUGGAAGGAGAGAGAGGAUUAGUCAUGUGAGAAGGGGUCAGUUGGAGAGGCAAAGGGAGAUGGAGGCAUCUCCUUUCCAGAAGUGGGAAGGAGGGAGCAGGAGCCUGUUCAAAAGGUGCACAAGGGGAAUAGGGGGGAAGUUGGAAGAGUGAAUCUGGUUAUCUCUUGCUACACAGAGCUCUCUUGAUCAUUACAUUUCUUGAGCCUCUGAGAAUAGACUGGAAAUUCCCAACUAAACCUAGCCUUAUGCCCUGCCAAGAGCUGACUGGAGCAGGGAUUACCUUGUGAUGUCUGAAGGAUGGGGCUAUCUGAACGUGCUUAUUGUCUUGAGACCCUGCUUCUGUUCUCUAUUCAGUAUUUGGGGGGGGGGGGGGUUCUCUUGGUUCCCUUGUUGGGUGGGGGGGGCGGACAGUUGUGUAUAUAAUUAUUUAAGCAUCUGUAUGAAGUGAUGUCUGAUGACAAUCCUAACUGCUGCUGAAUGAAGAGGAUAGGCUCUGUCCUGGCAAAGUGUAGGGUGAGAGCGAUGCCUCUCUCCCUAUCUGUAACAAUGGCUAUGGUGGUUCUGCUGCUCACUGACGUGUUUGUUUAAAGUUCUGUGUCCUGGUAUCUGUAUUAUAUUCCUGGCUGUACUACCUGAUUCCACUCCCUGCCUUGUUCUGCUGCUGUGCUGGUAGACUCUAGCCUCUGUUGUCAUUCCUCUGGGGCCAUCUAUCCUACGAGAGACUAUGCUGCAUUUGUUCCCAUACCAGCCUGUGCUGCAUCUUGCUGCACAGAGUAAAGUAUACAUGGACAGUAUGUGUAUAGCUCCAGGUGCCCAUCAUGUGCUCUUUCGUCACUGAAAGCCAUUUGUGCUCUUACGGAGCAACAGAACUUACCUGUGGACUACUGUGUAUAUGACUACAUAACCUGGAAAGCUGCCUUGGCUGUGCAGUCGAGCACACAUAACCUGUGUGUGUGUGACCAAGAGGGGUGACACCCGCUGUGGGAUAACCUACAUUCUGCUCUGAUCUGUGUGUGAUGGAUGUUUGUAAUGGGUGGUGGUACCUCAUUUUUGAAUUACAGAUUCCUGUGCAACUAAUAUGAAUGGUACUGCAGGGUGACCUAGGAUCUGACCAUGCUGAGUGCAAGUAUAACAGUUGUACCAGGCUAUCAAUAAAGGUCAAUUUUACCUGUU